UUAUGCUGUUCCAUAUGGCGAUCUUCCAAUGAUUGAUCGACAUGCACUGUUUCAGCUGGAAAAUGUGGUGAAGAACAUUAAAGAGAGCUAUGAUAGUUACCAGUUCUUCAAAAUAUUUCAGAUCAUUCAACGAUUUGUGAUUGUCUAUCUUUCAAAUUUUUACUUGGAUGUUGCCAAGGACCGGCUUUAUGUUGGGGGUACCUUUAGUUCUACAAGGAGGAGCUGUCAAACAGUACUUGCUGCACAUUUACUUUCCGUUUUCAGGGUCAUUGCUCCAGUUUUGCCUCAUUUGGCAGAGGAUGUGUGGCAGCAUCUUCCUUUUCAGUUCACCACUGAAGAUGGUUGUCUUGCAAACUUCGUCUUUGAGUCAAAAUGGCCAAUGUUAAAUGAAAGACACCUUGCUUUCCCCAUAGAAGAAGUCCAUUUUUGGGAGAAGAUUCUUGAGCUGAGAACGGAGGUGAACAAAGUGCUUGAGGUUGCACGUGGUAAGAAGUUGAUCGGUUCUAGUUUAGAAGCAAAGGUCUAUCUCCAUGCCUUUGACGAUGGUUUGGCCACAAGACUGGUCAACAUGUGUACUUCUGAGAAUGACGCUGAUACAUUGCACCGCAUAUUUAUAACAUCUCAGGUCGAGAUUCUUCCGUCACUGGAAAAUGUACAGGAUGAAGAUAUUCUGUGCAAUGGAGAAUAUCUCAUUCAAGGAAAAACAAAAUAUGGGUCGGGGUGUCACGUGCAACUGACUCGAAAUGUGAAAGAUGCUGGAGUUUUUCAUCUCAAGUUAGCACUUUUGACGACCAUCCCUCGCUAUGUGGUCGCUGUUAUGAUGUUGUCAGCCAGCCAAUACCAACUAUGGCAGUGGUUUAGUUGAGAUUUCAUUAUGUUAUACAAAAUGUACUAUAUUUAUUGGAGUAAUG